AUGAGCGCAGCACAGAAGAACGUCCUUAUUUGUUCUGUGUUCGCUUUUAUUAGGGCCUCGGCAAGCGUACUUAGAGCAAAAAUUGGUACCAAAACACAUCCAAUAUCUAUCUAUCUAUCUAUCUAUCUAUCUAUCUAUCUAUCUAUCUAUCACAGUUUAUUCAUAUCUAUCUAUCUAUCUAUCUAUCUAUCUAUCUAUCUAUCUAUCUUUAUCUAUCUAUCAAAGUAUUAUUCAUCUAUCUAUCUAUCUAUCUAUCACAGUUUAUUCAUAUCUAUCUAUCUAUCUAUCUAUCUAUCACAGUUUAUUCAUAUCUAUCUAUCUAUCUAUCUAUUUAUUAUCUAUCUAUCUAUCUAUCUAUCAUCAGUUUAUUCAUUCAUCUAUCUAUCUAUCUUUAUCUAUCUAUCUAUCUAUCAUCAUCUUUAUUCAUAUCUAUCUAUCUAUCUAUCACAUAUUUAUUCAUAUAUAUAUAUCUAUCUAUAUAUAUAUCUAUCUAUAUAUAUAUAUAUAUAUUUCUUCAGAGAAAAGAUGAACAACAAAAAAAAACGGGAAGUUAAAGUCAUUCUGUCGUCACCGGCAAUAGAUCAUCACCCCCCAACACCGCUGCUUUUUGGGGCCUAG